CAAGUCAUCACGAACAACGCCACCUCCCCCACAUUUAACCAGUCUUUCUGUUUUAUUCCACUUCCGCACCAAACCCUCCUCUUUCUUCUUCUUAUUUCUCACACCCAAGAGACAAGAUCCUAUCUUUCUUUCCUCAAAUCUCAACCCUGUUCUCUCUAUCCCCCGCCUCCACCUCUCCUCCCUUCCCUUCGCCUCUCAAUCAGCCACAAUGGGCAAGGGUGGAUCUCUCAGCGACAGUGUCUUGAAGAAGAUCCUUCUCUCCUACACCUAUGUUGGCAUCUGGAUCUUCCUCUCCUUCACUGUCAUUGUUUACAACAAGUACAUCCUCGACAAGAAGAUGUAUAAUUGGCCUUUUCCCAUCUCCCUUACCAUGAUCCAUAUGUCCUUCUGUGCCACUCUCGCUUUCCUUCUCAUCAAGGUCUUCAAAUUCGUUGAACCCGUCACCAUGUCUCGGGAUCUCUACCUCUCCUCCGUCGUACCCAUUGGCGCUCUUUAUUCUCUCAGCCUUUGGCUUUCCAAUUCUGCCUACAUCUACUUGUCUGUUUCCUUUAUUCAGAUGCUCAAAGCGCUCAUGCCGGUCGCCGUCUAUUCGAUCGGGGUUUUGUUUAAAAGAGAGGGUUUCAAGACCGAUACCAUGGUCAACAUGUUGUCGAUCUCAUUCGGCGUCGCUAUUGCAGCUUAUGGGGAAGCAAGAUUUGAUUCCUGGGGGGUUUUUCUCCAACUGGGAGCUGUUGCUUUUGAGGCCACCAGACUGGUAUUGAUUCAAAUCUUGCUUACAUCUAAGGGGAUAACACUCAACCCUAUUACUUCCCUUUAUUACGUCGCGCCUUGCUGUUUAGUUUUCUUGUUUGUGCCUUGGAUUUUCGUGGAAUACCCUGUUUUGAAGGAGAGUUCGAGCUUUCAUUUUGAUUUUGUCGUCUUUGGGACCAAUUCUUUAUGUGCAUUCGCCUUGAAUCUUGCCGUGUUUUUACUUGUGGGGAAGACUUCCGCUUUGACAAUGAAUGUGGCUGGUGUGGUCAAGGAUUGGUUGUUGAUCGCUUUCUCUUGGUCAGUCAUCAAGGAUACAGUGACCCCAAUUAACUUGUUUGGAUAUGGGCUUGCGUUUUUGGGUGUUGCCUAUUACAAUCAUGCCAAAUUGCAGGCAUUGAAGGCUAAGGAGGCUCAAAAGAAGGCUCAACAAGCCGAUGAGGAGACCGGAAGGUUGUUGGAGGACAGGGAAGGAGAAGGAAGUGGGAAGAGAAGUGAAUCACAAAACUAAUCUUUUAUUUAAAAAGUUAAUUUUAGAUAUAAAAUUUGAUGGAGGGUAUUGGAAAUAAGAGCAAAUGGAGGCAAGGUAGUACCAGGGUUUGGUAUUGGGGGCAAAAGGAAUGGAGGGUGUCUCAGUUUUCUUUUGCUCGUUCGGUACUGUUGUUUUUAGGUUCAUGUUUGUUAUGCUAGUUAUGGAUGUUAACUAUUUUAGGUAUCUGAGAUUCCUAUCUCAGAUGCCCUCUAUUUUGUUUUUCCUUCUUUUUCCUUUUUUAUGUCCCUUUGCUUUUUCUUGCUUUAUAUUCGCCAUAUUUGUGUAGGAACAUCUUUAUUGAUGGAGCUUUAGUGCUUAUUUAUUCAUAUAUUUUCUCAUUACUCGUA